ACUUCAAGUUCCAGUCAUGUCCCUUCAAAAUGUGGCACGUCUGCCUCCGCUCCCAACAAUUCAAGAAAUCAUCCGAAUGUUUGGACUUUCAGCAAGGAAAAAACUAUCACAGAAUUUCCUUUUAGAUCUGAAUCUGACCAAAAAAAUUGUGAAGUCUGCGGGGAAAAUAGACGGCUGUUUUGUGAUAGAGGUUGGUCCAGGGCCGGGCGGAAUCACCAGACCCAUCCUGAACUCUGGGGCAGAGAAAGUCUUGGUUGUUGAAAAAGAUAAAAGGUUCCUACCAAGUUUACAGCUGUUGUCUGAGGCUAGUAAGAACAAACUGGACGUGAUCCACGGUGACAUUUUGAACUUUAACCUGGAGUCAGUCAUUCCAGCAGAACACAAAGUGGCAUGGGCAGACAAUCCUCCGAAUGUGCACAUCAUCGGAAAUCUCCCUUUUAGCGUGGCUACUCCCUUGAUCGUUCAGUGGCUGGAAAGCAUCUCCACACAAAAGAAUGCAUGGAGUUGUGGGAGAGUGCCUCUUACUCUCACUUUUCAAAAGGAGGUUGCAGAACGUAUCAUCGCCCCGCCAAAGUCAGAGUACAGAUGUCGCCUGUCUGCCAUGUGCCAGUACUUGUGUGAUGUCAAGCUCAAGUUCACAAUUCCUGGCAGAGCCUUCGUUCCACCCCCAAAAGUGGAUGUCGGAGUCGUGCACUUUACCCCAAAAGUGAAGCCCCUCAUCUCCCAACCUUUCCAGCUGGUGGAGCGAGUGAACCGCCAUCUCUUCCACCUCCCCAACAAACUCUGUAAACAGUCGCUCAGCACCUUGUUUCCCCCUCACCGCGAAGAUCUUAUCUGUGACAUGUUUGAGCUGUCCGGCAUCGGUCAACAGGUGCGACCGUUUCAGCUGACUAACAAAGACAUCAAGCGAUUGUGCGACGCCUACGCCAGGGUGACGGACAAAGAACCCGACCUUCUGGACUACGACUUCCGCGACAGGACGGAGGCGCAUGCGAGAAGACACAGGACACAGACGGUUGUUAGUGCCUUGGAGGAGCGUCUGCUAAAAAAUAGCUGACAGAAGAACUGUUGCAGAGCAAAUUAACUUACGAAAAAUGGUUGACAGAAUAUUGUUGCAGAUUGAUCUUUAAAAAACGACUUAUAGGCUCUCACGGUGGACCACUUCAUCUGUGAGGUGUCUAGCAGGGUUGUACAAAGAACUAGAAAGUUAUAGAAUGAAGGAGAUCUUUGAAAAUAUAUGUCUGCACAAUAAAGGAACCAGAUGAAGUCUCUGCUGUGCCAAUGGUCAUUGACUUUGCCACUGAGUGGAAUGUCACGAAGCAAAAACAAAUGAGCUGUACUGCAUUUGUGGUGUAGUGGUCAGGCACUCUGCUGUCGCACGCAGGAGUCUCAAGUUAGAUUACUGAGUGGAGAGAACAUUUUUACUGAGUGUAUGUCAGUCUUUUUGUUGAGAUGUUGAAUCCCUCUCAGCCCAGCUUGGCUCUUAAAAGGCAAGGUCAGAAGCCCGCUCCUAAAUAAUGUAAAUUGUAUCGAUGGGAGUGUAAAAACGUAUACUUUAAAAGAAAACUUUUCCAACGUAAUGUGAUGAAAUCAUAUAAUUUUCCCUUGAUACUGGUACCACAGGCUUUUUGCAUUGAUAAGGGCAUAAAAACACCUACGUUUUUUCAAAAAGCCUUUUCCAACAUAUUAAUAUGAUGAAAUCAUAUAAUUCCUCCCCUCCAGCGACACAUCUGGCUAUUUCUUUGUUAGCAACUUUUGAAGGGUUGACUGUUCUUUUGUUAGAUCAGAGAAAAAUUCUAACAUCCCUUGGUCUGUUUCAUGAAGUUGGAAGUGCUGAUUUACAUAAAUUUGUACUGUCAGCAGUAUUUGUGUUAAUUUUUAAAAAAUGAGAUGUCAGAACUUGUGAAAUGAGUGUGCCAGUAGUGUUAGUUUGAAAAGGUUUUAAAUGUAUAGGAAAUGUAGUCUCUGCUGAUGUUUCCCUUUGUCUGAAUUUGUUUUAGAAUGCAAGAGUGUGGGAGAGCAUGCUUUUCAGCGCGAGAGCAUGCUUUUCAGCGCCUGUCUCUUUAUUUUGUUGCUGAAGAAUUGAUACCAUGAUAUGUACAUAAUUUGUUGAAUAAAAACCUCUUGUUGCUGCUGCAAACUC